UUAAAGAUCUCUCUUCUCUUCCACUUCAUUUUAUUUUUUUUUCUCUCUCUUUUUUUUUACACUACUACUACUACUACUACUACAACUACACUUUUGUUCAAUAGCAAUAAAAAAAAGCAUUCAAUUUUCUUUAAAAAAACAUACACAAAAACCAACCAUGAAGAAGAAAUAUAAAACCAAAUUCCCAGUUGCACGAAUUAAAAAGAUCAUGCAAUUAGACGAAGAUGUCGGCAAAGUAGCACAAGCAACGCCAGUAUUAAUCUGUAAGUUUAUUAGUAGUGCUCGCCCCCCUCCACCCUUCAAAGUUUCCGAAGUUUUUUUUUUACUAAUUGUGAAAUCAGCCAAAGCUCUGGAAUUGUUCAUGCAAUCGUUAAUCGACCAAGCGUGCCAGGAAACAAGACAACGGAAUGCCAAACGUUUAUCAGCUGCUCACUUGUAAGUUUGUCUUUCACAGAUAUAAAGAGCUGUUGGAGGGGGGAGAGGGGGGGGGAAAGGAAGAGAAGAGAAGAACAAAGAAAUGUGCAGGAUAUUGAAAAGGGAAAUUGGUAGAAAAAAGACGAUCGAAACAGUGG